AUGUCAUCCUCUACAACCUCAAAAAUGUCUCUGGAAAAGUUGUGGAAAGAUGUCACCUGUUCCUACUGCCUGGAUCCCAUGGUGGAGCCUAUGAGUAUCGAAUGUGGCCAUUGCUUUUGCAAGAAAUGCAUUUUUAAGGUUGGGGAAAAUGGGGGCGGUUCAUGUCCCGCAUGCAGGAAAUACUUUCUGCUAAGAAACCUCAGGCCCAAUCGGUAUAUAACCAACAUGGUGGAAAACCUUAAACAAGUAGCCCAGAAUACCAAGAAGGGUACCCAAGAAAUGCACUGCACAAAGCACGGAGAGACACUUCACCUGUUCUGUGAGGAAGAUGGGCAGGCCCUUUGCUGGGUGUGUGCCCAGUCUGGGAAACACCAGGACCACACCAUGGUUCCUAUUGAAGAAGCUGCUAAGAUAUACCAGGAGAAGAUCCACAUGGCUUUAGAAAAAUUGAGAAAAGGGAAAGAGUUGGCCGAGAAGUUGAAAAUGGAUCUUGCAAUGCAAAGAGCAGACUGGAAGAGGAACGUUGACACACAGAAGUCGAGGAUUCAUGCAGAGUUUGUACAUCAGAAUAGCUUGCUGGCUCUGGAGGAACAGAGGCAGCUGCAGAGGCUGGAGAAGGAUGGAAGGGAGCACCUGAGACUCCUGGAUGAGAAGGAGGCAGAGCUGGGUGAGAAGAACCAGGCCCUGCAGGAGCUGAUCUCAGAGCUGGAGAGGAGGAGCCGGGGUUCAGAGCUGGAGCUACUUCAGGAGGUGAGGAUCAUCCUGGAAAGGAGUGUAUCCUGGAAACUGGACACAUUAGAUGUUGACUCCCCAGACCUGACAAGUGCAUGCCAUGUGCCAGGGCGGAAGAAAAUGCUGAGGACGUAUUGGGUUCAUAUCACUCUGGAUCGCAACACCGCCAACUCGUGUCUCAUCAUCUCAAAGGAUCGGAGACAAGUGAGGAUGGGAGACGCCCAUCAGAAUGUGUCUGAAAAUGAUAAGAGGUUCAAUAAUUACCCCAUGGUGCUAGGUGCCCAAAGAUUCUCCUCUGGGAAGAUGUACUGGGAGGUAGAUGUGACCCGGAAGGAGGCCUGGGAUCUGGGGGUUUGCAGAGAGUCUGUACAGAGGAAAGGGCAAUUUUCACUCAGUCCUGAGAAUGGCUUCUGGACCAUUUGGCUAUGGCAAAAAGACAACUAUGAGGCUGGUACCAAUCCUCAAACCCCCCUACACAUUCAGGUACCUCCGUGCCAAAUUGGGAUCUUUGUGGACUAUGAGGCUUGCAUUGUCUCCUUCUACAAUAUAACUGACCACGGCUCUCUCAUCUACACCUUCUCAGAGUGUGCUUUUGAUGGACCUCUGCGACCCUUCUUCAGUGUUGGUUUUAAUGACGAUGGGGGGAAUGCAGGUCCUCUAAAGCUCUGUCCACUAAAGAUAUGAUGGUCGGGAGCCAGUGCCUACUGACAGCACUUCCUGGACACUUACCUCCUCCUUGUCCUGAUCAAGAUCCAGUGGCUUAACUACUGAGGACCAUUUCUGCAUACUGCUACUCACUUGCUGUUGGUGUUCUUCAGCCAUGAACUUUGUCAUUGUGACUCAUCUAGUUGGAACUGCCCUAAACCCUCAUCUCUUUAAAAGAGUCAGGGUCCCAGAAUGAAGGAGUCAGCUGGACAUAACUAAAAGUCAAUGUCAGCUGACCUUCAACAUCAAUAUACAUGACAGGUUCCUCAAAGGUUCCUCAAAGAAACAGACGCCUUACAGUGGUCCCAAACUCAUCUAGCUCAGACAAAAGCACAUUUCUGCCUCCUUUCUGUGACUUCCUUUGUUUUCUCUAUCCUUGGUUGUUACCUUUGGCCAGAUACCUAUCUAUUCCUAUAUCAUCUGUAGCUCACAAGAUUUCCUAAAAAUUGUGCUCAGUCUGUCCUACUCAAUUCUUGUUAGUAGAGCUUAAAAUAUUUGUCAUUAACGUACAUCUUUUUGCUGAAAGCCAAACCCAGGAAAUUACCUGCUGUUUUAGAAAGUUUAGUC